AUGUUGACGUCCUAUGCCUCGGUCAUCUCGGCUAAGAAGGCUUACCAUGAGCAGCUGUCAGUGGCGGACAUCACCAUGUCCGCUUUCGAGCCGGCAGCCAUGAUGGUCAAGUGCGAUCUACGCCAGUGCAAAUACAUGGCCUGCUGCAUGACGUACCAUGGCGACGUCGUUCCGAAGGAUGUGAAUGCGGCAUGGCGGCUACCAUCAAUGACCGUCAACACCCGAUGUACCAUCCAAUUUGUGGACUGGUGCCCCACCGGCUUCAAAUGCGGGAUUAUCUACCAGUCGCUCACCGCGGUGCCCGGUGGUGUUUUAGCCAAGGUCAUGCGUGCAUACACCACGAUCUCGCACGGCACUGCCAUCGCCGAUUUUGACCUGAUGUGCUCCAAGCACGCCUUCGUCCACCACUACGUUGGAGAGGGUUUGGAAGAGGGCGCAUUCUCUGAGGCUUGCAGAGACUUGGCGGCCUUGGAGAAGAACUACGAAGAGGUUGGCAUCGAAACGGCUCAGCUGAUGGCGAGAGAGGGGAAGAAGACUACGGCUAUGAGUUCUGAGAGCCUCGUUGUUGAGCAGAUGCUGGCCUAA